GAGAACAAGGAGGGAGAGAAAGACCCUUUGAGUUCUGCUUGGUAUCUAGUAAUAUCAACUGAAUUACAGACAUCCUAACAAGUUGACCAGGCAGCCUGCUGAGCAAGAUACCUUGGCCAGCAUGGCUGUCUCUGUGUCACCCAGCCUGGGACUCAAUUCUGCACCAGAGGAAAUCCAACACCCAUACAUUAAAUUUUCAGAAUGGAAAUUUAAACUCUUCAGGGUGAGAUCCUUUGAAAAGACAUCUGAAGAAGCUCAAACGGAAAAGAAAGAAUCCUCAGAGGGGAGACCCUGCCUGGAGCAAUCUCCUGCAGUUCCAGACAAGGCUGGUGGCCAGAAGCCAGCCGUGACUCAACCGGCAUUAAAGCCUCACUCCAAGUUUUUGAAGCUAUCCUGUGGCAAUAGAAAAGCGAGAGAGAAAACAAGUCACCAAGCCAACCUUCGCCAUCUCUGCCGCAUCUGUGGAAGUUCUUUCAAAAGUGAUGUGCACAAUAGGAGCUACCCAGUCCAUGGGCCUGUGGAUGGUAAAACCCAAGGCCUUUUGAGAAAAAAGGAGAAGAGAGUCACUUCAUGGCCAGACCUCAUUGUCAAGGUUUUCCGGAUCGAUGUGAAAGCGGAUGUUGACUCCAUCCACCCCACUGAGUUCUGCCACAAAUGCUGGAGCAUCAUGUAUAGGAAGGUUGGCCGUGCCCCAUGUGAGGUUCAGUUCCCCAGGAAGGUAGCCAUGGAGUGGUACCCCCACUCCCCGUCCUGUGAUGUCUGCCAGGCUGCCCGUCGGGGCCUGAAGAGAAAGCGUCAUCAGCUAAAUCUACAGCUCAGCAAAAAACUCAAAACUGUGGCUGAGCGCAGGAAACAGGCCUGCAAGUUCAGGAGAAGGGCUCGGGCCAAGGUCAGCAAUAAGGAAGUCAUGAAGAAGAUUGCCAACUGCAGUAAGAUCCACCUCAGCCCCAAGCUCCUUGUGGUGGACUAUCCUGUGCACUUUGUGAAGUCUAUCUCCUGUCGGAUUUGUGAGCACAUUCUGGCCGAUCCUGUGGAGACUAGCUGUAAGCAUGUGUUUUGCAGGAUCUGCAUUCUCAGGUGCCUCAAAGUCAUGGGCAGCUACUGCCCCUCCUGCCAAUAUCCCUGCUUCCCUACUGAUCUGGAGAGCCCGGUGAAGUCCUUUCUGAGCAUCUUAAACUCCUUGAUGGUGAAAUGCCCUGCAAGUGAGUGCAAAGAGGAGGUCAGCCUGGAAAAAUAUAAUCACCACGUCUCAAGCCACAAAGAAUCGAAAGAGACUUUUGUGCAUAUUAACAAGGGGGGCCGGCCCCGCCAGCAUCUCCUGUCCCUGACUCGGAGAGCACAGAAGCACCGUCUCAGGGAGCUCAAAAUGCAAGUCAAGGCUUUUGCUGACAAAGAAGAAGGUGGAGAUGUGAAGUCCGUGUGUCUGACCUUGUUUCUGCUGGCAUUGAGGGCGAGGAACGAGCAUAGACAAGCUGAUGAGCUGGAGGCCAUCAUGCAGGGCCGAGGUUCUGGCCUGCAGCCAGCUGUCUGCUUGGCCAUCCGUGUCAACACCUUUCUCAGCUGCAGCCAGUACCACAAGAUGUACAGGACUGUGAAAGCCAUCACAGGGAGGCAGAUUUUUCAGCCUUUGCACGCUCUUCGGAAUGCUGAGAAAGUCCUGCUGCCGGGUUACCACCCCUUUGAGUGGCAGCCACCUCUGAAGAACGUAUCUUCCAGAACUGAUGUCGGCAUUAUUGAUGGGCUGUCUGGACUGACUUCCUCCGUGGAUGACUAUCCGGUGGACACUAUUGCAAAGAGGUUCCGCUAUGACUCAGCUUUGGUGUCUGCUCUCAUGGACAUGGAAGAAGACAUCUUGGAAGGCAUGAAAUCCCAAGACCUUGACGACUACCUGCAUGGCCCCUUCACCGUGGUGGUGAAAGAAUCUUGUGAUGGAAUGGGAGAUGUGAGUGAGAAACACGGGAAUGGACCAGUUGUUCCAGAAAAGGCAGUUCGUUUUUCUUUCACAAUCAUGAAUAUCACUAUAGCGCACGGCUCACAGAAUGUGAAGGUGUUUGAGGAAGCCAAACCGAAUUCUGAGCUGUGUUGCAAGCCACUGUGCCUCAUGCUGGCAGAUGAGUCCGACCAUGAGACCCUGACGGCGAUCCUGAGCCCUCUCAUUGCAGAGAGGGAGGCCAUGAAGAGCAGUGAGUUAAUGCUAGAGAUGGGCGGUGUCCUCAGAACUUUCAAGUUCAUCUUCAGGGGCACUGGAUAUGAUGAGAAACUUGUCCGGGAAGUGGAGGGCCUUGAAGCUUCUGGCUCAGUCUACAUUUGUACCCUCUGUGACGCCACCCGCCUGGAAGCCUCCCAAAAUCUCGUCCUCCACUCCAUCACCAGAAGCCACGCUGAGAACCUGGAACGCUAUGAGGUCUGGCGUUCCAACCCUUUCCAUGAGUCAGUGGAAGAGCUGCGGGAUCGGGUCAAAGGAGUCUCGGCCAAGCCUUUUAUUGAGACAGUUCCUUCCAUAGAUGCCCUCCACUGUGAUAUUGGCAAUGCGGCUGAGUUCUACAAGAUUUUCCAGCUAGAGAUUGGUGAAGUGUAUAAGAAUCCCAAUGCUUCCAAAGAGGAAAGGAAAAGAUGGCAGGCCACCUUAGACAAACAUCUCCGAAAGAGGAUGAACCUGAAACCAAUCAUGAGGAUGAACGGCAACUUUGCCCGGAAGCUUAUGACCAAAGAGACAGUGGAAGCAGUAUGUGAAUUAAUUCCCUCUGAGGAGAGACACGAAGCUCUCCGGGAGCUGAUGGACCUUUACCUGAAGAUGAAACCGGUGUGGCGUUCAUCAUGCCCUGCUAAAGAGUGCCCAGACUCCCUGUGCCAGUACAGCUUCAACUCACAGCGAUUUGCUGAGCUACUCUCUACCAAGUUCAAGUACAGAUAUGAGGGCAAAAUAACCAAUUAUUUUCAUAAGACCCUGGCACAUGUCCCCGAAAUUAUCGAAAGGGAUGGGUCCAUUGGAGCUUGGGCAAGUGAAGGAAAUGAAUCUGGCAACAAACUAUUUAGACGCUUCCGGAAAAUGAAUGCCAGACAGUCCAAGUGCUACGAGAUGGAAGACGUCCUGAAACACCACUGGUUGUACACCUCCAAAUACCUUCAGAAGUUCAUGAAUGCUCAUAAUGCAUUAAAAAAUACUAUAAGCCCACAGGCAAGCUUAUAUGACCCAGUGGGUCCAGAGGACUCCAUGGAGAGUCAGGAUUCGAUGGAAUUUUGAGCAAGGCAACGUCUUAUGAGCUGGUUUUGCAAAUGAGUUCUCUUCUGGGUUGCACUGAAGGCUUAGCCUUGCACCCUU